AUGACGGGCCGAAAGGUACUGAAGAGGAAAAGACAUUGCUUGGAAAUUUCUAAGGCGCGCUGGUCCAUUCCGUCGAAAAAGGAUUUUGCUUGCCAAGUUGAAAUUAGUUUCAAGCAACCCACUCAUGUCCAAACUAUUGCCACGCAGACUGACUCAGUUUUACUUGCUCCUUCGUCCGAAGUAAGUGCUGUAAAACAAGACGGCGAACUCGCUCUUCAUGCGGACAAAUUACUUGACUUCUGUGUCAAUUUUACCAGCGCUGAUGUGCAAGAAGCUACAAAAUGUGGCAGCCUUGCCGAAAAGGUUACUGAAAACGGAACAAUUCAUAAAGUAGAGAGUGUGUUUGCAAGCAAAAGUCACAAACUUGAUGAGCUAACGAGUAAGAAUCUCUCCAUCAAGCCAUCGUCGUUUUUGAUUUCGACUUCUGAAGUUAUGCGAGAUGCUGUUUCAGAAAGCAAAUGCAGUGGAUGUGGAAAGUCGGGGCAGUUCGCUUUUAAGAAAGAAACGGAGCCACAGACAGGAAUACUAAAGUUGGAAUUUAUUUGUUCCGAAUGUAAGAAACUGUUCAGUGUAUCUAGCAACAGCGAGACUAUUCUUGCUCGUACGAAACCAAAGUGCUAUCUGACCAAUUAUGUCCUCCUCGCGUUCAUCACCUGUGGAUUGUACUAUAAAGAUUAUGACCACUUGAUGGGAACCCUAGGAAUAAGCCACUUUAGCAAAAAGCAGUGGAUCCGAGUAAUUGAGUGGAUUGCUCCGGAAGUACAAAAAAUAGCCGAUUGGAGUGUCCAGCAGUCGAGGAAAGCGAUAAAAGCGCGCGGAGAUCAAGACAAGCUCGAGGUGAUGUUCGACGGCUUCUACUUGACCAGAGGCCACUACUCCAACAAUUCUUCUGCCACCAUGCAUGACGCUAAGACCGGUAACAUCAUCGGCUAUGCACAUCGCACUAAACGAGGACAGGAUGCCAACUGGGAGGGGACAUCUGAUGGCGCAGAGGGGAACAUGCUUGACGAGAUUCUUGCCGAUUUGAUCGAAAACGAGCGUAUGACCAUCAAGAAAGCGAUAAUCGAUAAAGACGCCUCUUGCCAUGAGAUCAUUCUUACAAGAAGCCCGGAGACAGAAAUAGUGUUUUGUGGUAACCACACAGCAAAAACCUUCCAUACGGACUUGGAACGAGUGAAGAAAACGCCUUGUCAGGUGAGUGUACAGCUUCGUAUCUUGUCCCUAACCGCCUUUAAUGUGCAGUUCCCAAUUUAGUUCACUUUUAUUUCUAAAGUCAUUGAUCACGAGACGGCAAAGUUUUUUUUUCUAAAAGCGUACUUGCUAGAAAAAAAGACAUAAAAUUUGCUUUUUCGGCGCUGUUUAACUUUAUUUUAUUUAUGCGGACCGCAGAGGAAACGCAACUGUCAAAAAGUUCAAUAAAGAAAUCUCGUGUUUGCUAUCAUUGCCAUGUAAAUUACUGGUAAUGUCAGGAGCUGGUAAUGUGCUUAUUUUCUUUGGGCGUAAUAAUUUCAUUUCAUACUGCCGAAUUUUUCUCCUAAUUGAGUUUGGUUGCUUGUAAGAUUUUUUCAAUCUAAAACGAUUUCAAUUAUAAUCAUUACAUGUGUACCAUUUGAUAUAUCCACAGUGCAAAAGCCUUGGCCUACCCAAGUGCAAAAGAAUGACAGAUGCAAUGAUAACCAACGCAAAAAAGUGUCUGAAAAAUCUAACAAAGUGCGAAGAGAUUUACUCCUCAGAGGACCCCAUGGGGGACUUUGGCAAAGCCAUCCUAAAUUAUUAUCAGCACUACACUGAUGACCACACUUCAACAUGGUGCAGAUUUCACAAAAAGGUAGUAGUAAUACACAGAAAAUAUUUUGGUGCUUGUUGCAUCAUUGCAAACAUAAAACAUAAAACCAGGCGAUUAAAAACUGUACAGUCAGAGCUUUUUGUGUCUUUAUAAUAACUUGUUUUGGUCACUGCCAACAGUAACUAUUAUUAUUGGCAUUAAUAGUUCUUUAUUCUUAAAAAAUUGUGGUUAUGUAAUUGUACAGGCAGAUGAAGAUGGAAAGCCCUACCACUGUAAACAUUCAUUUAGCUGCCCAUCACAACUGAGGGAGUUUAAAGCACUUCUCGAAAAAAUGGCCACCAGACCUGAGGAGUACAUUACUCUUGAUGGGAGAGUAACAAAUAACAUCCCAGAGGGAUACCAUGGGAUUGCUUUAAUGUACCGGAACAAGAGGAUUGACCUGGGAUCCGUACAUUAUAAAUGCAAGACUAACAUGUCAAUACCUCACAAGGUGAUCAACAAUAAUAUGGUGAUCUCAUUAACGCAUUUAAUAAAAUGGUGUAAUUAAAAAAAUUAUUUCACAAUAAUCAUUCUCUUGAAACAAAAUUGAUCAAUGAUAAUUUCAAGCAUUAUUGAAAAGACCAAUGCUAGAGAUUUCAUUUGAAAGAGCUAACACAAUUUGAAAAAAAAAAUCACUACUUAAAACAAUUUAACGUUCGACAUUUAAAGCUAUAAACAAAGAUAAAAUAUAAUAUCCAGCUAAAGCUGCUGUAAUAGUCAUUCAUAUAUACAUUGACAACACUUUUCUGUAGAACAUUGGUCCUAUCUGGGUACUUCUGCUUUUCCAACUCCUUCAAAUUCCCAUGCCAAAGAAGUCAGUUGAAUGCAUAAUCAAGAGACAGGAACAAUAUGACAGAGAGAUCAAGAUGAGAAGCGCACAAGAUUACCAAAAGAAAAGGUUAAUUUUUAUAAUGCUAUUUUUAAUUUAUGAACUGCUAAUUUUUGUAAAAAUAUUUUACAACUAAUAAUUAAGACAGGAAAAAUACAAAUACAAAUGUAUAACGAUUGCUGCUAGGUAAAGUGCAUUUUACUACAAGGAAACUUAAAGUUAAGAAAUUGACAUCUAAAAUGUGAAUGACUGUAUUAUUACCUAUAUUUUACCUCUGUGGUCAGUGAAAAGGCAACAAAUUGUUCAAAAAAAUUCAUUCAAAACAAUGAGUAGUGUUACAAAAGAGAAUGGUUUAUCCCAUAUUCUCUCUUAGAAAUGAAAGGAAAAAAAAGAAGAUGAAAAAACAUGAAAAAGAGAAGGAAUUUAUGAAGUCACUGAAGGCAGUUUCGGUAACAACAUCCUACUGUGGAACAGUUGGUUCUGAGUCAGAAGAAAGUGGUGACAGUGAAAAUUCAGAAGAUGAGUUAUCUGAACCAGAUAACUACAUCUCCAAUUUAACAGACAGCAGCGAUGACGAUGAAUCAAGUGAUGAAGUGACAGACAGCCCUUCCCCACUGUACUUUCUAUAUGAUUGUGAAGGUACUGGGGGAUCAGUCUAUAAGGACCACAUAGUGGAGAUUGCUGCUGUUCUGCAGCCCCUGCCUGGCAAUGUAGAAACCAACAUCCCAUCUACAUUCCAGUCUCUCAUCAACACCUCUAAGAGAAUAGCAGCACCAGGUUAG